AUGAAUGUUAUUGAAGUCCAAAUAUCGUAUCAGAAUGAAGUGGACAACGAUCGUAAUUGGCGUGUAGAAAUAUUUGGGGACCACUAUCAUUUGUUUUCAAGUGAAAUACAUAAUAAAUUAUUUAUUGUUUGGUUCGUAACAUUUCUGUUUAAGGGUGAGACAUGGGAAAUCAUAAUUUUAGAUUCAGAUAUCUGCAAAACAUCAAAACUUACCACAAGACUCCUCAAGAUUCUUUCUUUACUUUUUAUAUCCACUUUUAAUUAUCAGUUUAAAGGAAAAAGAGAAAGAUCAACAAGAGAGGGAGAGAGAGAAUGUGUCUGGAAUGAGAUCAAAAAACAACUUCAUUUGCAAAUACAAUUCGAUAUUAUGAACGUUUUGAGUUUAAUUAAACUUUACCAACAAAUUUUCACAUUCUUAAAAGGCUUCUCACAUAAUCUUUAUAAAUAUAUCUACGUAUGUAAGAUGAAUUAUUUGGCUGCUCUGCUCUACUCGCAAAGUAAAGCAAAUCACAUGUGUGUAGUGGUAAAGUAUUUUGCUAUAGUUUUUGCCUUUUUACCCAAGAGGAUGGAGUUUGAGGAUGGAGUCUAA